UAGAAAGAAAACUCAAACGACUUGGUAGUUGAUUUAGAGCUAUAGCCAGUUGCUAAAGCACUGGCUAAAGAGGAAGACACCAUUGCAUCGCCUUGGAACGAGAAGUGGCAAAGCCACCUCUGGUGACCAUUGCAUGAUAAAGAUAAAACAGACUGGUAAAUUAGACGCAUUCCAUUUUCUACGACCUAGUUUUCUUUAUCAGGCAACAUGAUACCGGCUAGUGGCUAUAGACAUUUGGUGCAUCAAAUAAGGUGUUAAUUUACAGUUCGGAAUAAAAGUAAUGUCUACGUCAAAACUUUUAACGAUGCCAAGGCCGGAAGAUGCGUUACCGGGUAGAGAAGAGAAAAUGGCCGUAGCACCGAUACAUGUUGUUAAUGGUAACCCAACUCUACUUCCAUUUCCGGAGCGCACGCAGAUGGCGAUGUUUGGAAUGGGGUGUUUCUGGGGUGUAGAAAGGUUAUUCUGGAGCCAACCGGGUGUGUAUUCUACACAGGUUGGUUAUUCAUCCGGUUUCUCGAGCAAUCCAACCUACGAAGAAGUGUCCACGGGUAGAACUGGUCAUGCCGAGGUUGUCAGGGUAAUAUAUGAUCCAGAAAUUAUCUCUUACACAGAACUUUUAAAGAUAUUUUGGGAAAAUCAUGACCCCACCCAAGAGAAUCGCCAAGGUCGGAGCCAGGGAACCCAGUAUCGGUCUGGCAUAUACUACUAUUCAAACGAUCAAAAAACUAAAGCCGAGGCGUCGAAGGACACAUAUGACCGUCUGUUACAAAGUGAAGGUCAUGGUAAAGUCGUCACAGAAAUAAAGCCUGUUUCAGAGUUUUACUAUGCGGAGGACUAUCAUCAACAAUAUUUGCACAAGAACCCAGGUGGAUAUUGUGGACUUAAGGGAACUGGAAUUAGUUGUUCCUAAAACUGUACACGUGUCUUUCACUAUUGUCAAAUUGAUAAAAAGAAUAACACAUAUACUGCCUGGGGUCAUAUUUUGAUGUUAGUUUAAAUCUUAGUGUUUUAUAUAACACCAAUAAAACACAUCUAUCCUUGGUUGCAUAGGAAACUUAAAACAUCACAAUACGCAUUUCCUUGGUUUUCAAGGUGACAACGUUAACAAAACGUAUCUUCACAAAGUUUCAACGAUACUAUUAUGUGUAAAACAAAACAUCAGUUUCAUACAAGCUCCUUCGACUGCAAUGCGAGAGAAAAUAUUUUGUCAUCAAAUUACCAUCCCAUACAUUACCACCAAGAUGUAUGAAGUU